AUCUACAGUGGUUCCCUUAGGUGGGAAUGUGGAUAAACAGCCUGUGGUUGGAUCUGACUUGUUUAGCACACCGGCGCAGGAGGUUGCGGGUGUCCCCUCAAUGCCUUCUGUCAGUGGCUCAAUGGCGGGACGCGGCAUUCAUGACACAAAGGGUUCCACUAGGCUCUCUACCGUCUCGCAGAGAGGUCGUGUAUACAGAUGCGUCCCCCACAGGAUGGGGGGCAUCAUGGCACCGGCAGACCAUCCAGGGAACAUGGUCUCGGAGGCAAAGGGGCAGGCAUAUCAACGCUCUGGAGUUGGAAGCUGUGCAGCUGGCACUGAAGCACUUCCUCCCAGRCCUACGCGGCAAGCAUGUCCUGGUACGUUCGGACAACACCUCUGUUGUUUUUUAUUUCAAUCAUCAGGGAGGGACAAGGUCACUGAUGCUGUUUCAGCUCACCCGGAGACUCUUACUCUGGGCGGCCCCCUGCUUUGCCAGCCUCAGGGCAGCCCACAUUCCAGGUGUGCAGAAUGGGCUAGCCGACUUUCUAUCCUGGGAGCGCCCACCUCUGGGGGAGUGGAGGCUCCAUCCGGAAGUAGUGGAGGACAUCUGGCGGAGGUACGACAGGGCAGCUCUCAACCUGUUYGCCUCUCAGGAGACAACACAUUGCCCACUCUGGUUCUCUCUAGCAGACAGGACCAGCCCCCUGGGUCAGGACGCACUGGCACACGAUUGGUCCAAAGCACUGUUUUAUGCUUUUCCGCCACUUCCUCUGAUAGCCCCAACACUCCUGAGGGUCCUUCAGGAGGGGCAUCGGGUUCUCCUAGUUGCCCCCUUCUGACCCGGGAGGACCUUGUUUCCACUGCUGCACAGGCUCU